AUGAUUUGGACAUUUUUAGUAAUAUUCGGAGCUCUAUGUGCAAUAUACUAUUUAAAAGGAUUGUAUAAUGAAAUUUACUGGAGGAAACGUGGUGUGAAAUUUUAUACAAAAGGUAAAGUCUUCGGUCCUAUGGGAAUAUUUUUAACUUCAAAACUGUCGAUAUUUGAAAUAUUCAAAGAAAUUUACAAAAUAUAUCCAAAUGAACCAGCAAUUGGGGUAGGUUCAUUGUUAGGUCCUGCUCUGUAUGUUAAGGAUCCAACAAAUGUGCAGCAUGUUUUGCAGUCAGAUUUCAACUCGUUUCAUCACAGAGGUUUUGAAUGUAAUGAAAGUGAUAAACUUGCCAAUAAUAUACUGUUCUUGAAUGGCAAUAAGUGGAAAUUGGUUCGUCAAAGUAUGACACCCCUUUUUACAUCAACAAAAUUAAAAAGCAUGUAUUACAUAAUGGAUCGCAGUGCUCAAGAUUUCGUUAAAUAUUUAAAUGAUAAUCCAGAAAAAUUAAAAGAUGACAUGUUUGACACAUUAAGUACAUUUAGUAGUGCUGCAAUUGGGGCUGCUGUGUUUGGAAUAGAAAAUGAGUCAAUAUUUGACUCUCCCUUCCUUAAAAUGGCUCAAAAUAUUAUGAAACCUUCGUCAAUACAAAAUAUUAAGUUUGUGCUAGCUACCUCAUGUCGCACUUUAAACAAAGCUUUGAGAAUUAAUAUAUUUAAAGAACACGAGGACUUCUUCAUUGGUGCUAUAAAACAAGUUAUCCGCCAAAGAGAACAAGAAAAAGUAAAGAGGCACGAUUUUGCAGACCUAUGUGUAAAUUUAAAAAAUAAUGGUGUCUUAAAAGACUCUGACAGUGGCUUGGAAUUAUAUCCAACGGAUGAACUAUUGGCAGCGCAAGCGUUCUUUUUCUUCCUUGCUGGUGUCGAACCGAGUGCAGCCGCUAUGUUUGUAACAUUGGUAGAAUUAGGGCGUAAUCCUGAUGCUCUAAAACGUGUUCAUGACGAAAUUGACAAAGUGUUUAAGAAACACAACUCCAUAACUGUUGACAGCCUACAAGAAAUGGAAUAUCUAGAAAUGUCUUACAAUGAAGCGAUGAGAAUUCAUCCCCCGGUUGGAUAUUUAACAAGAGAAUGCGUUCGUGAUACUAUAUUACCAGUUGGAAAUAUCAAAGUUGAUAAAGGUACUCAAAUAUUUACACCUCUUUAUGAAUUUCAUCACGAUCCCAACAUAUUUCCAGAUCCCAAAGUUUUUAAACCGGAAAGAUUUUCUCGCGAAAAUCGGAGUGCCAUACCGGAUAUGAAUUUUAUGCCAUUUGGUAAAGGCAACAGAAUUUGUGUUGGGACUAGAUAUGCUACUUUACAAGUGAAAGCAGGGCUAGUUCACUUAUUACGAAACUUCUCGGUAAAGACACACAUAUACGGAGAUGAAAUUAAGUACAAAAAGCACCAUACUCAAGUGAGGCUAUCCAAUGUAAAGGUAGAAUUAUUUUCUAGGAAUAUGGAACAAUGA